CGGCAGGCAACAGAGGAGUCUCUUUGGGAUUGGGUUGGUUGUUCCCGCAUGGGCCUAUCUUCUCCCCUCUUCCUCCAUUUCCAAACCCUCUCCUCUCUCCACACUCUACUCACAACAAACUCCUCCCAGUAACCGUUUUUCUCUCUCCUCUCCAAAAUUCUCUUAUCUCUUUUUCAAACAUGUCAUCUCACGCGCUCUUUCAAGCAGCCCAAAUCAUCCCUAUGAACUCUCACAUAUCCCCUAAAACCUUAUCCCCCAAAACCGUUCCCAAACUACCCCUGCUUCGCAACCGUCGCCGCCUUUUGAUUAUUCGAUCGUCGUCCGCCUCCCCCGCUGAUGUCGAGAGUGAUGCUUCAUCGACGUCUUCGCUGCUUGAGCGGUGCUUUGCGGCGCCGUCUGCUCCUUCUGUUUCGUGUAAUGUUAAUCCGGUUAUGAAAGGAGGGAAGUUCGGUGCGUUUGGGGCUGUUACGCUUGAGAAAUCGAAAUUGGAGGUGUCGCAAAAGCAAACUAAUAAGUCUUCCCCUGAGCUAGCCACGGGGGGAGGUGGUGGAGAUAUUGGAAAGAUAAUCAGUUAUGGUGGUGGUGACGGAGGUGACGACGAUGGUGACGAUGAUGACUACUUUGAUGACUUUGAUGAUGGUGACGAGGGAGAUGAGGGUGGCAUGUUUAGAAGACGCAUAAUUCUUCAAGAGCUAUUUGACCGUAAAUUUGUGGAUGCUGUGUUGAAUGAAUGGCAAAGGACUAUUAUGGAUUUGCCCGCUGGAUUUCGGCAAGCUUAUGAAAUGGGCUUGGUUAGCUCAGCCCAAAUGGUGAAGUUCUUAGCAAUGAAUGCCAGGCCAACUGCCAGUAGGCUUAUAUCCAGAAAACUACCGCAAGGACUCUCAAGGGCUUUCGUUGGCAGGUUGCUUGCAGAUCCUGCUUUCAUGUAUAGAUUUCUAUUAGAGGAAGUUGCUACAAUAGGCUGCUCCGUGUGGUGGGAGAUUAAAAAUCGGAAAGAUAGGAUAAAGCAAGAGUGGGAUCUUGCACUUAUCAAUGUGCUCACCGCAGCAGCAUGCAAUGCCGUAGUUGUUUGGUCUCUUGCUCCUUGUCGUUCAUAUGGGAACACCUUCCAAUUUGAUUUACAAAAUACGUUGCAGAAGCUUCCAAACAACAUAUUUGAAAUGAGCUAUCCUCUUAGGGAAUUCGACCUACAAAAAAGAGUUCAAGCCUUUUUGUUCAAGGCUGCUGAGUUGUGCAUGGUUGGCUUAGGCACGGGUGCAGUACAGGGUGCAUUGUCUAGCACUUUGGCUAAGAAAAAGGAAGGAAGAUUAUCUGUGACUGUCCCAACUGUGAGCAGCAAUGCACUUGGUUAUGGUGCUUUUCUUGGAAUCUAUGCUAACCUGAGAUAUCAACUGCUCUGCGGAUUUGAUAGAGCAAUGGUCAGUCAUUUUGAUGUUAUUGGAGUCGCAUUGUUCUUCAGCACAGCAUUCAGGGUCUUGAAUGUUCAAUUAGGAGAGACUUCGAAGCGUGCCUGGCUUGGAGUUGAGGCAGAUCCACUGGCUCAGUCAGAUGACCUCUUGAAGGUUUAUAACAGGACUUCUGAAAAUGUAGAAAAGCCAUCAUCAUCUAAAUGGUUUAUAUCUAAGAAUUCAGUUGUUUCUGGGCUUGGGCUCUUGGGCAUCAAACAAAGCAAUGCAGAAGGGUCUGGUGCAGAACCAUCAGCUCCUAAAGCACGUCGAAAAAGGAUUGUGCGGAAGAAGGUUGCUGCAGGAUCUGCUUAGAUUCUUCGGAUGUAAACAUAGUGAUUGUCAAAUUUUGUUGAUUACUGCUGUAUUGCCUGCCUUAGAUCGAGUCUGGCUGCUGCUCUUGGAGAGGUUGAUUAUCUACCUAAAAUUUUUCGUUUCAUCAAUAUGAGGAAGGCUUUUUUUAUUAUUGAAUUUUUGGAGGGAUUUGUUGUAUCGACCACCCAUAUGUUUUCGUAUCUGGCCCUGUAUAAUAUUUUGAAUUUGAAUAGUAUUUUUUAAAUAAAGUAGAUUAAGUUUUUACCCCCA